UUUUACCUCUUUCUACAAAGUUCCGUUUCGAGCAUUUUCUAUGUUCGGAGAAUAAACGCAGGAGCACCGCCAGAGGUUUCUAGAAGCAGCAGCGUGCAGCGGACAUUCACCGGCUGACUGACAGACAGCGAGACCUCCUGUUUAAGGCUUCGCCACGCUUUCAAAAUUCUAUUAUAAUUAUUAUUUAUCUGUACACAUGGCGAAGUGGGGAGAAGGAGACCCUCGCUGGAUCGUUGAGGAGAGAGCCGAUGCGACGAAUGUCAACAAUUGGCACUGGACUGAAAGAGAUGCAACAAACUGGUCUUCAGAUAAGCUGAAGUCUCUGUUGCUCGGGCUGAGCGUGGAGGAUGACGAGGGAGCGUGUGAAGUGACGGAAGUCAGCAAGUUGGAAGGAGAGGCCUCGAUUAACAACCGCAAAGGGAAACUUAUUUUCUUCUAUGAAUGGAACCUAAAAGCGACCUGGACUGGAAAGUCAAAAACCGGAGUAAAAUACAAAGGUUCAAUCGAAGUUCCAAACUUGUCUGAUGAGAAUGACAUGGAGGAUCUGGAUAUCUCCAUCUCGCUGAACAAGGACGAGCCUGACACGCCCCUGGUCCACCUGAUGAAAACUAAAGGAGCAGAGAAAAUCCGGGAGGCUCUGGGGAGUUAUGUGGGCUUUUUGAAAACAGAAUUCACGCAAGGGAUGAUCCUGCCUACCGCUAACGGCGUGGCCAAGCCUCAGUCAGCUUCUCAGUCCAAAGCCAAGCAGGACAAAACUCAGGUUUCCUCAGGCAGUAGCACGGCAGCUCCCAUCAACACUGGUGUCAAAAUCCCCACCUGUAAAUUCACCAUCAGAGACACGUUUCUCACCUCACCAGCUGAACUCUACAGAGUCUUUCUCAACCAGGAGAUGGUCCAGGCGUUCACACGCAGUCCUGCGACAGUGGACGGAGAGAGGGGUGGAAAGUUUCGCCUGCUAGAAGGAAACGUCUUUGGGGAAUUCACAGAGCUGGUACCCGAUGAGAAAAUAGUAAUGAAAUGGAGGUUUAACAACUGGCCCUGUGAGCACUACGCCACCAUCACCCUGAUGUUCCUGGACCGGAGCAAUGAGACGGAGCUGAAGGUGGAGUACCGAGGCGUCCCCAACAGCGAAGAGGAACAGACGAAAGGCGGCUGGAAGAGAUACUACUUUGAAGCUAUCAAACAGACUUUUGGCUAUGGAGCACGACUUUUCUGAAGAAGCUGUACUGUAGUUUUUUUUUUUUUUUUCUCCCCUCGCCCCUCCAGCCCUCUUUUUUUUUCCUUUUUUUGACACAGAACAGCUUUACACUCGUAGGACGAGUUCAUGAAACAAACAACUCCGUCACUGUACGUGUAAAAAAAAUUUUUAAUCGCUGGAAAUAUUUAAUUUUUGAUUUGUUUUUGUUUUUUUCCCCCAUUGCUGUUCGGCUCGGUUCUUGAAAAGAGCGCAGGCAGACCGUGCCUUCCGGGACCGAAUAGAAAACGUGUCGGACGAAAGAGGAAUCCGGUGAACCACUUCCAAUUGGCAUCUGCUUCGGUUCGCGAAGAAGCCAAAACACUUGAAAAACUGUUUAUUUUGUAUGCAUUUUAUCCAUUUUGAGUCAUUGUAGUAAAGUUGAUUUGAACUAAGAUGCAUGUCUCAUUUUAAAAAUGUUGUUGGGGAGGGGUAUGAGCUCAGACGGUGUGUAUUACAACCUCAUCUGGUGAGAUUGUGUUCAUGUACAUUACAGGACCAGCAUCAGUGAGACUUGAAACUGGAAGAUUAAAACUGUUUGUCAGCAUCAGUUUUUUUUUUUUCCAGAAAAAAAAAGCCUGUGAAACUGCGUAUGUUUGACCAUAUAUGGCUUCAAAAAUGUAAAUAUACAGUAAAAAAUGCUCUAAGAACA